UUUCCUCAAUUUUGAGCUAAUUUUUUGCAUAUUAUGGAUAUUUCAAAGCUAACCGACGUGAAAAAAGUUGAUUUAUGUAAAAAGUAUUUCCUGAUCGGCGCGUGUUUUCUGCCGCUCGUAUGGAUUGUCAACACAUUUUGGUUUUUUUCCGACGCGUUUUGCAAACCGAUCAACGCACAUCGACGACAGAUUCGGAAAUACGUGAUCGCCAGCAUUGUUGGCUCGAUUUUCUGGAUUAUUGUGCUCAGCGCCUGGGAAAUCUUUUUCCAGCACUACCGCGCUCAAGGCCUCGUGUGGACCGAUUUCCUGACAUUUGUCUUCCCGACGGGACGAGUUUGAAGCUCAAAAUUCCAAUUAUUGAUUGAUUUUUCUCCACUGGUUCUUAUCGUCUUCUAUUUUGAUCUCCUGGCGCUUCUGGGCGUUAAAUUUGAUGUAUUUAUUGUUUCAAUAUUUAUUCUCACCGAUUAAUAAAUGAAUAUGUCC